CUUAAAUCUAUGAAAUGUUUUGGAAAGAAAAAGAAGACAUGAAACUAAACGAAACCUUUUUUUAUUCAACAGGCUGUGAUUUUAAAACCUAGUCAUCAUGGACACAGAGAGAACCCUAUAUGAAGUACAUCAGUGUUCUAAGUGUCUGGGGGACACAGAAUACUAUUGUGUAUCGUGUCCAUGUGAUCUGUGUACCCUGUGUAAAGAGAGCCAUGUAAAAGAUCUCAAAACAAUAGACCAUGAUAUUGUGUCAUACCGUGAUAAAAUCAACUACAUCCCAACACGGGAGAUCUGUGUGAGACAUCAUAGCCAUGUUUAUAUAAAGUACUGUGAACCUUGCCAAGUCAUUGUGUGUUAUUCUUGUUCCGAUGACCAAUCGCACGAAUUCAGAAGUUUUCAACAUGGUAAAGAACAACACAAAAUAAUAGAUAUACAAGCAGCGUUUAAAACAAAGCGACAACAACACAGAGGAACCAUUCACACCAUCAGAGGUGAGGCUCUCUUUUACAGACCUGUUCUUCUUUCAGGAAUCAAAACAGAUUUUAAAACCUGUCACACAGAAUUCUCCUUUCAUCACUUAGAGAUGUUAACAAAGGUCCAUACACUGAAGCAUCUCAUUGACUAUAUACAAACUGAUUUCAUGUGCAAUUACUUUGAUUUCAAACACAUCUAUUUAAAACAGAAGAUAGAAAUGAUCAGACAUAUUGCCAGCCACCAGAGAUAUACACGCUUAUAUGAACAGAGUGCAAUUAAACCGCUAACAUUCCUGUUAAAAAAGACAGCCCUCCCCAAGAUACCUCUUACACUCCACACCAGCCAGCUCUCCAUGACUGAGUCACUUAACAAGGAGGAUGUGAUUGAGUUACUGAGUGCAAUCCAAAUCACGCAACGAGGAAACCGCCUAGUAAGAAAUGAGUGUCUGCUGAAACUGAUGCCUUGUGCUGAGCUCCAUCAAUCUCUCACAGUGACAGGUAUUGGUCGUUGUUUUCACAUUUGCUGUGUGACAUCAGAGCGGAUCUGGGUCAGCGAUAGAGAAAACAAUAUCAUAUUGACAAAUACAACAGGUGUCGCUAUACAUCGUGUAGAAGAUUUAUGUAGUAAUGGAGGAUCACACACAGUGAACAGUGAGAAUGAAUUGAUUUAUAUAAAUAGGAAUUAUAACAUCAACAAACUGUCAAAUGAUAUGAAAACAACCACCGUAUUUAUUGAGAGAAAAUACUCUAUAUGGAUACCAAUGUGUGUGUACUGGUCCCCGUCUACUGGAGAUCUACUGGUCGGGAUGUAUAGGGAUGUAACAAAGUAUACAGACACUGGCAAGGUAACUCGAUACAACCAAAGUGGACAACUGACCCAAACCAUUCAACAAAACAACAAAGGACGGGGAUUAUAUAGUGUACCUAAUUAUAUAACAGAAAACAACAAUGGGGAUGUCGUAGUCUCUGACAGUCGUGCUGUAGUUGUGACAGGACGUGGAGGAAGACAUCGUUUCUCCUACACAGGACAUCAAUUAAAAUCAGAACUAGAACCAGGCGGUAUCUGUACGGACGCGCUGUCACACAUACUAGUGUGUGAUGGUAGAACCGACACAGUACAUAUGUUAAAUAAGGACGGUCAGUUCCUAUCAUAUCUACUGAAAAAAUCACUCGAACUGGGUGAACCAUGGAGCCUGAGUUAUGAUGUCAACACUCACCGUCUCUGGGUCGGAUCAUGGGACAACAACAAGGUGUGUGUCUACAGGUAUAUCGUCAGACAGGAUGCUCGGACUGAUCAAAGUAAUGAGAUGGAGUGACUGCGCGGUAUCCCAACCACAGUGACAGAGAAGCCCGGCAAGGAAACCAAUGUCUGCUAAAACUGAUGUCUCCCCAAAGUAACUUAACUAUUUCAGAGUAAAAGGUGU